AUGGCGGACGCAGAGGCAGAAGCGUCUUACAUUGACUACGAGGCAUUCGCAUCACCGGACUUCCAUGCACCAUCGUUCGCAAACACGCUUGUCCUUUCCACCAACGACGCCAAUGACACAUCCCUAGACCUCUCCACACCGUUAUCGCGUGUUUUGUUCGACGUACAAGAAGUCGACACACACAUCGAUUCUCUCACGACUUCAUCCGCGUUACCGCUACUGAAGCACACAUCGACCCGCGCAAAGGCCAGCACACACGUCCUCGACACUCUUGAGUCCCAGGUUCAGGGACUGCAGCAAGCAUACACAAGGCUACAUCAAGAUGUGGUGGAAAGAUACGAGCAGGCUGAACAAGUGCGUCUCGCAGCGGACAGAUUGGCCACCACCUUACGGCUUGCCAGGGCUGUCGCAAGGUGUCUACAGAUUGGCCGAACACUUGAGGGUAGCAUGGCCGAUACGGACAAGCCACGUGAGGGUUACCGAACUCUCGCACCAGCAGCUAGGCUGGUCCUAUCACUCAGAGAGGCCCUGGCUCCUGAAGACGUAGUGGAGGCUAGGUUAUUGGCACGUGUGAAUGCCAUCACCGCAUUACGGACAGAACUGCUGGACCCAUCCGAGCGAAGCUUGCUUGCAAAGGCACAACAGAGUGUGCGUGAGUUCAGCAUGUCAACUCUGACGGGCACGUCUGGAGGAGCAGGCUCGGUGUUUGCACAACACGACGACACAAGAGCAAGGACGUUAGCAGCACUACAUACACUAUACCUCCUUUCUCCAGUGAGUCUGCCGCCGAGAUCAUCCGCCGUACAAGGGGCCACCUUCAAUCCAACUGUACUUGUGGCGGCAUUGCAAUCGUAUUUGCAGACCUCUCUCACAGCAUCAGUCACUUCUCUAGCACGUGCUCUGGCUACGCUUCCAACUCUUGACCGUACGCUUCUCGACAUCAGUGCGAGAUGUCAAAAUAUAGUGGCAUUGGAGUCUUUACUGUCAACUGCGAAACCUCCAGUGCACCCUCUUCUACCUACUGCCCCCGACAGUACUACACCUGCUCCGCUUGAACCUCCAUCCAGCUUCUUGGGUCCUCUUCUUGCUGCUUUGGACACUUCCUCUCUACCAUCUUACUUUUGGCGUUCUUUGGCCUCGUCUUUGGCACCAAGAGUGCAAGAGAUCAUUGCCCGUGGAGGUGUCAGCGCACGAACUCUCAAGACGAAUAGAGACAAAGUACGGGACGCGGUCAGAGAAUGUGUGCAUAGAGGUAGUCAACUGCCGUCUUCAACAGGGUCGAAGAAGGUUGUAGGAAACUGGGAGAGGGAAGCUGCCGUUAUGGUCGGAAGUAUCAUCGGUUCUCUAGGCCGGUAG